AUGCCUCAACUGAACGGAAAAGAAGUUGGCCCUAUCGGCCUUGGCCUGAUGGGCUUCACCUGGCGUCCCAACCCGUGCCCUCAGGAGCAGGCUUUUGAGACGAUGCGGGCAGCGCUGCGAAAUGGCUGCACCUUUUGGAACGGCGGCGAGUUCUACGGUCCGCAGUCCUACAAUAGUCUUGUCCUGCUCGAGCGCUACUUCGAGAAGUACCCCGAAGACGCCGAAAAGGUCGUUCUGAACAUCAAGGGCGGGUUCAACACGUCGACUUUCCAGCCCGACGGCUCCGAGUCCGGCUCGCGACGGACACUCGAUGACAGUAUCGCCCAGCUCAAGGGCCGCAAGAAGAUUGACCAGUUUGAGUUUGCGCGGCGCGACCAAACCGUGCCUAUGGAGGUGACCUUUGGCGUGAUGAACGAGUACACCCAGGCAGGAAAGAUCGGGGGCGUCGCCCUGAAGGAGGUCCGUGCCGAGACGAUCCACGAAGCCGUCAAGCAUACGAAGGUCCUUGCUGUGGAGGUCGAGCUGUCCAUGUUCUCCACCGACCCCCUCGAGAACGGGGUCGCCGCCGCAUGCCAUCAAUAUGGCAUCCCCCUAGUCGCAUACUCGCCCCUCGGACACGGCCUGCUCACGGGCCAGAUCAAGAAGCUGGAGGAUCUCCCUGAAGACUCGUUUCUGCGCACGUACCCGCGGUUCCAGCCUGACACCUUCGAGAUCAACAUCCAGCUCGUCCACAAGGUCGAGGAACUCGCCGCCAAGAAGGGAUGCACGCCCGCGCAGUUUGCCAUCAACUGGGUGCGCUGUCUCUCGCGCCGACCAGGGAUGCCGACCAUCAUCCCCAUCCCAGGGGCGACCACCGUCGCGAGGGUCGAGGAGAACAGCAAGGUGAUCGAGCUCACUGACAGUGACAUGGACGAGAUCGAUGCUAUCCUAACCAAAUUUGAACCUGCGGGCGAGCGAUACCCGGAGGGGGUGCCGACCCAUACAUAG